CAGAUUGCAGGGCUUUCCCAAAAGUAGGCAAAGCUAAGAUUGGCUCCGUGUAAGCAUGGGAGGAGUAAGCUACACUACGAGUCUUCCUAGUAGAACUUUCGCUGAAGCUAUCAUAGAGAAGACUCCUGACUGCAUUGCUGCACUGAAUAGCCAUGAUGAAGGGUGUUUCAGUCUGUGCAUUCCUUACUCUGGCUUUUUUUGAAACCUCACUUGCACAACCAGACUCCAGUCCCGUGGUGUCGGUGCGGAAUGGGACUCUUCGGGGUACCUCCAUGACUGUGAAAGGCUCCGAUAAGCAGGUGCAGCAGUAUUUGGGGAUCCCCUUUGCCCGACCCCCUCUGGGCCCACUGCGUCUGUCUGCCCCCCAGCCUGCAGAGUCCUGGGAGGGAGAGAGAGACGCCACCCAGCAGCCGCCCAUGUGUCUGCAAGAUCCAGACAUUUUACCAAAGAUGUCAAAAAACUUGCUCAUGGAGUUCAGUAUUCCCCCAGUAUCGGAGGACUGUCUGUACCUCAAUGUAUACACUCCUGUGAAAUCCACAGGUGGAGAGAAACUACCCGUAUUUGUUUGGAUCCACGGUGGUAAUUACCAGUUCGGAGCUGUUUCCCAGUAUGAUGGAUCCGUCCUGGCUGCCUACGAGAAUGUGGUUGUGGUUAUUGUUCAGUAUCGGCUUGGAAUCUUAGGAUUCUUCAGCACUGGAGAUAAACAGGCGUGGGGAAACUGGGGUUUCCUGGACCAGCUAGCUGCUCUCCAGUGGGUGCAGGAGAACAUCGAGAGCUUCGGAGGAGACCCCAACUCUGUCACUAUCGCUGGAGAGUCGGCCGGUGGGAUGAGCACCUCUUUCCUGGUUCUGUCUCCUCUUGCCAAGGGACUGUUUCAUCGAGCUGUAUUUCAAAGUGGAACAGCAACAGUGGCUGGCUAUUCCACCAAUACCCCAAGGGUUUUUGCCGAGAUGGUGGCCAAUGCAUCAGAAUGUGAUGCCGGCUCAUCAGAGGUGCUGGUUCAGUGUCUUAGACUGAAAACCCAGGAGGAACUGAUCAGUAUCAUGAAAAAAAAAAACCUUGCAAGAGCCACUGUCGAUGGGAUGUUUUUGACAGCCCCAGCAGAAGAGGUUUUAAAAAGCAAAGACUUCCUGAAAGUCCCUAUUCUUAUAGGUGUAACUAAUCACGAGGUUGGAUGGUCAUUAGCCAUGGCUUCUCUACCUCGAGGAUGGGAGCAGGGCAUGACUCGAGCGAUGCUGAUGGAAGCACUGACCAGGUUCUAUCCUAUGGGGGUGGCCUCCGGACUAUAUGCAAUCAUUGCAGAUGAGUAUCUGAAGAAUGCCAAAACACCAGAGGAAAUCCGUGAUGCUAGCCUUGAACUUCUGGGUGAUUUAUUCUUGGUGGUGCCAACCAUCACCGUUGCUACCUAUCACAGAGAUGCUGGAGUACAUGUGUACCUGUAUGAGUUCCAGCACAGGCCAGAGAUUUAUAAGGACACCAGACCCAGCUUUGUGAAGGCUGACCACUCAGACGACAUCGGGUUUGUGUUUGGGGCCUGCUUCUGGAAUGGACACAUUAAACUCAAUGGCUCAUCCACAGAGGAGGAGAAUCACCUGUGCAGGACAGUUAUGUCAUAUUGGGCCAACUUUGCUCGGACUGGCUCUCCUAAUGGGCCUGGCCUGGUGCACUGGCCUCUGUAUGAUGCCAGCAACAAGUACCUGAACCUGGACCUGCAGCAGAGUGAGGGGCAGGACCUGAAGAAGGACAGAGUGCAGUUCUUCAACACGGAGCUGCCCAAGAGGCUCGCUGCAAAGAAAACAGCAAAAUAAUAUGACACGCCUGAUUGGCUACUGUUACUCACCCUACUGUGCCUCUGUAGAACCACUUGUGUUAAAGGAAUCGUAUGUAAGAAAUGUAUUUCUAUUAAUCAUAAAAUGACCCUGAUAUGUCACUAGACAUUAAGAAAUCAUGUUCAUUUCAAAUACUUAUAUCACUGACAACAGUAGUCCGGCCAGGAUAU